AUGAUGCAUUUGAGUGAAGGAACCUAAUCUAAAUGGCAUAAAUUCUUAGAGUAUACAAAGAAUGCAAUUCCUCUUGAUUAUGAUAUGAUUGGAUAACAUGUCAAAAUAAAAUUAUCUAAAUUUCCUAGAGAUGAUUCUAUAAUAGAUUAUUAUCAAAAUGAAUUUUCAAAGUUAAUGUUUACUUGAUUUAUAGUAUCACUAGUUCUAAAAAUAGAACAAAAUGGCAUUAAAUGGACAAAUAUUUAUUAAUUUGGUGUGUAGCAAAAUUGUUAAAGGUUUAACAAAGAAUAAACUUAGUACCUGUAUAAUAUCAGUAUAUUAAUAGAAUGAUCAAGAUUGGGAUAUCAUUUCAGAAUUAUUACAAGUUGAUUCAUAAUUGAUUAAAUUAAAAUGGAUUUCAUUGUUACAUUCCAAUUAUAGGAUUCAUUAAUGGACAACAGAAGAAGACUAGAUUCUUAAAGAUGUAGCUUAGUAAAUCAUAUUUAUAUUAUAUUAAAGAUAAUUUUAUGAUACAAAUAAUUGGACUGAAUUAACAAUGAAAUUUAAUUCUCUUUCUAGAACAUAAAGAUAUCCUAAAUAGAUUAGAGAGAGAUGGAAGAAUGUUUUGAAUCCAUCUAUCCAAAAAUGUCUAUGGAAUCAAUAAGAGAAGAUAAAUUUAAUAUAAUUAGUUUAUAAAUAUGGAAAAAGAUGGUCUUUGAUUCAAAAUCACAUUAAAAGUAGAAGUGAGUAUUAAAUUAAGAAUCAAUACAAUGAGAUUAUGAGAAAUUUAAAACAAGAAUAAGUAAAUAUACUUAAUUUAUUAAAGUUGACAAAUGAAGAAGAAAGAGAAUUACUUCUAAAUAUUAUAUAAAAUUCAAAUUAACAAAUUUAUAAUUUGAUUGAUGAAUAUUAAAUUAAAAUAAGAUAAACAAGAGAAGCAUCAUUAAAACCUUAAAUAAAAAUAGAAGAUAUAAAAAUGAAAGUCAAUAAUAAUUGCAUAAUCAAAGAAUCAAUUUAAAUAUAAGAAUAAAAACAAGAAACAUAAUGCAAAUAAGAUUUUUAAUGUAACCAAUCCCAUAAUUCUAGCCUAACCAAUAUAAAAUAGUAUUAUUCAAAACCUUCCUUAAUUAUGCAUUACCUAGUAAAAUCCUCAAUAUUAAAUCAAGAAUUCUGUUUCUUAAGCCUAAUAACAUUUUCUAUUAUAUUAAUAAAAUUAGUAAUAUAAUUAAUAAAAACCAUUAUAUUAUCCAUCCAAUUAGAUUUAAUUAAGAUUUCCUUUUUACAUGUGA